AGGAGGCGGGAGCUGAGCUGAGCGGGGCGGGCGGGCGGCGGCGGCGGGGCCCGAGCCCGAGAAGAUGGCGGUGCGGAAGAAGGACGGCGGCCCCAACGUGAAGUACUACGAGGCCGCGGACACCGUGACCCAGUUCGACAACGUGCGGCUCUGGCUCGGCAAGAACUACAAGAAGUACAUACAAGCAGAACCACCGACCAACAAGUCCCUGUCUAGCCUCGUUGUACAGUUGCUCCAGUUUCAGGAAGAGGUUUUUGGCAAACAUGUCAGCAACGCGCCCCUUACUAAACUGCCGAUCAAAUGUUUCCUAGAUUUCAAAGCAGGAGGAUCCCUGUGCCAUAUUCUUGCAGCUGCCUACAAAUUCAAGAGUGACCAGGGAUGGCGGCGCUACGAUUUUCAGAAUCCGUCACGCAUGGACCGCAAUGUGGAAAUGUUCAUGACCAUUGAGAAGUCCUUGGUACAGAAUAAUUGCCUGUCUCGACCUAACAUUUUCCUGUGCCCAGAGAUUGAGCCCAAACUGCUAGGGAAAUUAAAGGACAUUGUUAAGAGACAUCAGGGAACCAUCACUGAGGAUAAGAGCAAUGCCUCCCAUGUUGUAUAUCCUGUCCCAGGGAACCUAGAAGAAGAGGAAUGGGUGCGGCCAGUCAUGAAGAGGGAUAAACAAGUUCUUCUGCACUGGGGCUACUACCCUGACAGCUACGACACGUGGAUUCCAGCUAGUGAGAUAGAAGCGUCUGUGGAAGAUGCUCCAACUCCUGAGAAGCCUAGGAAGGUUCAUGCCAAGUGGAUCCUCGACACCGACACUUUCAAUGAGUGGAUGAAUGAGGAGGACUAUGAAGUCAGCGACGACAAAAGCCCUGCUUCCCGACGGAAGAAGAUUUCAGCUAAGACCUUGACAGAUGAGGUAAACAGCCCGGACUCAGACAGACGGGACAAAAAGGGGGGGAACUAUAAGAAGAGGAAGCGCUCUCCCUCUCCUUCGCCAACCCCAGAAGCUAAGAAGAAGAACGCCAAGAAAGGACCAUCAACACCUUACACCAAGUCAAAGCGAGGCCACAGAGAGGAGGAACAAGAAGACCUGACGAAAGACAUGGAUGAGCCCUCUCCAGUCCCAAAUGUAGAAGAGGUGACACUCCCCAAAACAGUCAACACUAAGAAGGACUCGGAGUCGGCCCCAGUCAAAGGAGGCACCGUGACUGACCUGGACGAGCAGGAGGAUGACAGCAUGGAGACCACGGGCAAGGAUGAGGAGGAGAGCAGUACGGGCAACAAAGGGGAGCAGACCAAGAAUCCAGACCUGCACGAGGAUAACGUGACUGAGCAGACCCACCACAUCAUCAUUCCCAGCUAUGCCGCUUGGUUUGACUACAACAGUGUUCACGCCAUCGAACGGCGGGCUCUCCCUGAGUUCUUCAACGGCAAGAACAAGUCCAAGACUCCGGAGAUCUACCUGGCGUAUCGAAACUUCAUGAUUGACACUUACCGACUGAAUCCCCAGGAGUAUCUAACGUCCACUGCCUGUCGGCGGAACUUGGCGGGUGAUGUCUGCGCUAUCAUGAGAGUCCAUGCCUUCCUGGAGCAGUGGGGUCUUAUUAACUACCAGGUAGAUGCUGAGAGUCGACCAACCCCAAUGGGGCCUCCACCCACCUCUCACUUCCAUGUCUUGGCGGACACACCAUCGGGGCUGGUUCCUCUUCAGCCCAAGACCCCACAGGGCCGCCAGGUUGAUGCUGAUACCAAGGCUGGGCGGAAGGGCAAAGAGCUGGAUGACCUGGUGCCAGAGACGGCUAAGGGCAAGCCAGAGCUGCAGAGCUCUGCUUCCCAGCAAAUGCUCAACUUCCCCGACAAAGGCAAAGAGAAACCAACGGACAUGCAGAACUUUGGACUGCGCACAGACAUGUACACAAAGAAGAAUGUCCCCUCCAAGAGCAAAGCGGCAGCCAGCGCCACCCGGGAGUGGACCGAGCAGGAGACGCUGCUGCUCCUGGAGGCUCUGGAAAUGUACAAGGAUGACUGGAACAAAGUGUCUGAGCAUGUGGGGAGCCGCACACAGGACGAGUGCAUCCUGCAUUUCCUUCGCCUUCCCAUUGAAGACCCGUACCUGGAGGACUCGGAGGCCUCCCUAGGCCCUCUGGCCUACCAGCCCAUCCCCUUCAGUCAGUCAGGCAACCCCGUUAUGAGCACUGUUGCCUUCCUGGCCUCUGUCGUUGAUCCCCGAGUGGCCUCUGCUGCUGCCAAGUCAGCCCUAGAAGAGUUUUCCAAAAUGAAGGAGGAGGUGCCCACAGCCUUGGUGGAAGCCCACGUGCGGAAAGUGGAAGAAGCCGCCAAGGUCACAGGCAAGGCAGACCCCGCCUUUGGUCUAGAAAGCAGCGGCAUUGCAGGAACCACGUCUGAUGAGCCUGAGCGCAUUGAGGAAAGCGGGACUGACGAGGCACGGGCAGAGGGCCAGGCAGCAGAUGAGAAGAAGGAGCCUAAGGAACCUCGGGAGGGAGCAGGGGCUGCCGAGGAGGAGGCAAAGGAAGAAGCCAGUGAGGCUCCCAAGAAGGAUGAAGAGAAAGGGAAAGAAGGGGACAGCGAGAAGGAGUCCGAGAAGAGUGACGGGGACCCGAUAGUUGAUCCUGAGAAAGAGAAGGAGCCGAAAGAAGGGCAGGAGGAAGUGCUGAAGGAAGUGGGCGAGUCCGACGGGGAGAGGAAGACCAAGGUGGAGCGGGACAUUGGUGAGGGCAACCUCUCCACCGCUGCUGCCGCCGCCCUGGCCGCUGCUGCAGUCAAGGCCAAGCAUUUGGCUGCUGUUGAGGAGAGGAAGAUCAAGUCUUUGGUGGCCCUGUUGGUGGAGACCCAGAUGAAGAAACUAGAGAUCAAACUCCGCCAUUUUGAGGAGCUGGAAACGAUAAUGGACCGGGAGCGAGAAGCACUGGAGUAUCAGAGGCAGCAGCUCCUGGCCGACCGGCAGGCCUUCCACAUGGAGCAGCUGAAGUAUGCGGAGAUGAGGGCCAGGCAGCAGCACUUCCAGCAGAUGCACCAGCAGCAGCAGCAGCAGCAGCCGCCAACCCUGCCCCCAGGCUCCCAGCCCAUACCCCCUGCCGGGGCUGCUGGGCCACCCACAGCCCAUGGUCUAGCUGUGGCUCCAGCAGCUGUGGCCCCUGCUCCUGCUGGCGGUGGGGCCCCUCCUGGAGGCUUGGGCCCUUCUGAGCAGAUCGGGCAAGCAGGGUCAACGGCAGGGCCACAGCAGCCACAAGCAGCUGGAGCCCCCCAGCCUGGGGCAGUCCCACCAGGGGUACCCCCCCCUGGACCCCAUGGCCCCUCACCGUUUCCCAACCAACAAACUCCUCCCUCAAUGAUGCCAGGGGCAGUGCCAGGCAGCGGGCACCCAGGCGUGGCGGGUAAUGCUCCUUUGGGUUUGCCUUUUGGCAUGCCGCCUCCUCCUCCUCCUGCUGCUCCAUCCGUCAUCCCAUUUGGUAGUCUAGCCGACUCCAUUAGUAUUAACCUUCCCCCUCCUCCUAACCUGCAUGGGCAUCACCACCAUCUCCCGUUUGCCCCGGGCACUAUCCCCCCACCUAACCUGCCUGUGUCCAUGGCGAACCCUCUACAUCCUAACCUGCCGGCGACCACCACCAUGCCAUCUUCCUUGCCUCUCGGGCCGGGGCUCGGAUCCGCCGCAGCCCAGAGCCCUGCCAUUGUGGCGGCUGUUCAGGGUAACCUCCUGCCCAGUGCCAGCCCACUGCCAGACCCAGGCACCCCCCUGCCUCCAGACCCCACAGCUCCGAGCCCAGGCACAGUCACCCCUGUGCCACCUCCACAGUGAGGAGCCAGCCAGCCAUCUCUUCCCCCUCCCUCCCCAUGGAGAUCACAGUUCCAGGAACAGCCCUCCCCCACUACUGGGGCCCUCCCUCAGCCCGGAGAGUUCAUCACUACGUAAGGAAAGCUCCUCCUGCCCUUCAGGUCCCCGCCAUGCCCAGCAGAGGUGUGCAGUUUUAUAUCCAGUUCUUAACCACGGACUUGUGACUAAAGAUGUUCCUAAUGCCUGGGAGAGGAUAGGAUGGAGACGGUGCCUCAAAGGAAGGGCUAGGGAAAGAGGUUUAUGGAGGUUCUACUAACCACUUCCGAGGGUUUUUAGCCCUUCAGACUCACUGCAGUUUUGAAGUGGAUAACAUGGAAACAGAGCCCUUUAAAAGGGAGGUUUUAAAAAGACACAUUGGAGCCCACAAAAGAUAACUUUGAGGGGGAAGGGCAGGUUUUAAGAGGAAUUAAGGUUUGGGGGUGAGCUGUGGGGAUGGAAUAGGGUACCAAGCCUGUCUCCCUGAGCCCCUUGGUAGUACUGAGUCAGCUCCCCUCACCCAUUCCAGUUUAUUCACGCUAAUCCCUCCUGCCGCUUGUCAUUGCUGCUGUUCCAGCCCAGCUCAGCCAAUGACCUUCCCUCUGAAUGUCAGCGUUGUGUUUGUUUUUAAAAGUCACCUGCUUAGUUGA